AAGCUUAAAGAUGGGUCUCUCUUCUCUGAGCAUUUUGCUGUUGGCGUUGGUAGCUAGCCCCGCACUGGGAGCAAUUCCCGAGCAUCUCAUACAGUCCCUACCAGGCUGGAAGGGUGCUCUCCCCUCCAAGCAGUACAGUGGCUAUAUCAAGUUGGACCAGACCAGUGGCAAGAACCUGCACUACUGGUUGGUGGAGAGUGAGAAUGAUCCAAUGAACGACCCCAUCGUCCUAUGGCUGAAUGGCGGCCCAGGCUGCAGCUCAUUGGACGGAUAUCUUAACGAGCAGGGACCACUUCAUUUCAACCGUACCUCAGCUGACAAUCUGACCCUACCUGACCUCAUCUACAAUCCCUACACCUGGGCAAAGAUUGCCAAUGUUAUGUUUUUGGAGUCACCCGCUGGAGUGGGCUUCUCUUAUUCCGACAAUCCCAAAGAUUACAUCAUCGAUGAUAAUCAGACGGCUCUGGACAACUACCACUUCCUUGUCAACUUUUUCAACAGCUACCCAGAGUUCAAGAAUCACGAAUUCUUUGUGGCUGGUGAGUCCUAUGCUGGCAUCUACGUGCCCACUCUGGUGAAUACGAUACGACUCAUGAACGAGAAGGUCCCUGCUAAUCAGGUCAUCAAUCUCAAGGGUUUCAUGGUUGGUAACGGCUGUGUGGGUAACCUUGUUGGUGGGUGUGGUCAUCAGACGGGCAUAAAGAUCCAUAUCGACUUUUACCAUGGCCAUGCGUUGUUUCCUGACGAACUGUACGAUGAAAUUAUGAAAACUUGUGGCGACUUCUCGAAACUAGACGAGGCUUGCUCGGACAAGAUAAAUGAAAUGUCUAUGAUGAUUGGAAAAGUUAACAUCUACGAUAUUUACUCGCCCUGUUUCAGCAACCUGCAAUCUGUAUCCAGAGCCAGUAACCCUAUUAAGGAUCACCUGGUGUCUUAUCUGGAGGACCCCUCUCGAUACUAUGGUCCUGACGGGUGCAUUGAUGAUCACGUCGAGUCAAAGUACUUGGACAAUGAAGCAGUGAGAAAGGCCAUUCACGUCAAGUCCAAGGCUGAAAUUGGAGGCUGGAGGAUCUGUGACCAACAGAAGCUCCACUACAUGGCCAACACCGGCUCCCUCCUGCCCAUAUACCCGACACUCAUUAAAACCUACCGGACAAUGAUCUUCAAUGGAGACGUGGACGGAUGUGUCCCUUUCAUCGGAAAUGAGCAAUGGACGUCAGGUCUUGGCUUUGGUGUGAAGGAGGGCUGGAGGCCAUGGAUGGUGGACGAUCAGGUGGCGGGCUAUGUCACUAAGUACGAUACCAAUGACUUCCAGUUUGUGACAGUCAAGGGCUCAGGACAUAUGGUGCCCCAGUAUCGCCCCAAGCAAGCUUUGGCCAUGUUCCAAAGGUUCCUUAGCAACCAGCCCCUCUAGAGAGCAGACCACGCAAGAACUGCUUUAUAUAAGUACAUUAUUAUGAACAGUAUGUAUCAAUCAUUUUUAUGGCUGAACAAAAUAGUGUUUUUUCUUGAAAGUUUUUCAUGAUAAAAAGUGCAAAUAUAAA